UAUAAUCUUUCUUCAUUUCUUUUCAGAGGGGAACCCGGAUGCCAAGCGGCUGUAUGAUGACCUCAUCUCCAGGUACAACAAAUUGGUGCGUCCGGUGAUCAAUGUUUCGGAGGCCCUGACGGUCUCCAUCAAGCUCAAGCUGUCGCAGCUCAUCGAAGUCAACCUCAAAAAUCAGAUCAUGACAACAAAUCUUUGGGUGGAACAGUAUUGGAACGACUAUAAACUGACUUGGGAUCCGAGGGAGUACGGAGGGGUGGACAUGCUUCAUGUGCCCUCUGACCAUAUAUGGAGGCCGGACAUCGUCCUCUAUAAUAAUGCGGAUGGGAACUUCGAGGUAACUUUAGAGACGAAAGCUCAACUGGACAGCAGGGGGACAAUCCAAUGGAAACCUCCGGCUAUCUAUAAAAGCUCCUGCGAGAUAGACGUCGAAUAUUUUCCAUUCGACGAGCAGACGUGUCUCAUGAAGUUCGGCUCAUGGACUUACGAUGGUUUUAAGGUGGAUCUACGGCACAAGGACGAGGUGGAAGGAACCAACCUGGUCGAAAUCGGAAUCGACCUGAGCGAGUUCUAUUUGAGCGUCGAGUGGGACAUACUCGACGUGCCCGCCAUCCGUAAUGAGAAGUUCUACACCUGCUGCGAAGAGCCGUACAUCGACAUCACCUUCAACAUCAGCAUGCGCCGAAAGACCCUUUUCUACACGGUCAACCUCAUUAUUCCGUGCAUGGGCAUAUCCUUCCUGACGGUCCUCGUAUUCUACCUGCCCUCGGACUCUGGGGAGAAGGUCUCCUUGUCCAUAUCGAUCCUGCUGUCGCUUACCGUCUUUUUUUUACUGCUUGCCGAAAUCAUACCACCGACAUCACUUGUGGUGCCACUACUCGGCAAGUAUCUACUGUUCACGAUGAUUCUAGUCACUCUCUCCAUUUGCGUCACGGUGGUGGUACUUAAUGUGCAUUUCAGGACACCUUCGACGCACAAAAUGGCUCCUUGGGUAAAGAGAGUUUUCCUGCACCUUCUACCCAGGCUGCUUCUUAUGAGGCGGCCUGCCUAUCCUGACGACAGCCCUAAGGUGAUGGUUCGCACCUGUAAUGGGACCGAGCUUCAGCCUCAGGAUUAUGUAGGGGGCCGAUGCCCGAGUUAUGACGAACUGCCCCAUUACAGCGGUUGUCGUAUCCAUGGUCCAAAGGAAGAGGACGUCGUUGGCCCACAGUUGGUGGAGCCACUACGCCGUCUUCACUUCUGCCCUGAUCUGCAAAGGGCCAUGGAGUCUGUUCACUAUAUAGCAGAUCACACAAGACGUUAUGAGGACCAAAUGAGUCAGGUGAAAGAGGACUGGAAAUACGUGGCAAUGGUUCUGGACCGACUAUUCCUGUGGAUCUUUUCCGUAGCUGUUCUUGUCGGCACCUGCGGAAUUAUCCUGCACGCCCCCACGCUGUACGACACAAGAGAACCCAUCGAUAUGAUGAUGUCAGAGGUCGCCAUAGCCACAUUCCACCACCACAAGAGUCUGUCGUGAUUCUGUGGGUUUGGUCCUUUUUUGCAUUCAUCGUCAACCAUCUGAUGUUAACGUCGUCCAGAUCUAUUUACGUGCAUCAGGGCAUUUUAUUCCCACUUUUGUGUAUUACAUGAAAUUCGUGUGUUUAGUCAGCCAUUUUGAUAUCAGCAAUUUGGCAGUUCCCUAUUUAGUUGAUGAAUUUAUUAGACAUAUUUUAGAACCGUCAACGUAUACAAAAAAUGAUCUUACAAAAGCGAGAAACAAAUUUUUAAAGAGUUAUUUCUCCCUUUUAAAGUACAAUAACAAAGGAAUUGUUCGAAACAAAACUGUAAUUUUCAGAUAUAUAUAUCAAGAGCCUAAAAUGGCAUUUUAAAAUAAUGUAGUUAAAAUGCGUUAAUAAAAAGUGUGCUUUAGUUAUUCUUUUAGUAGCAGAUACUAAAUGAAAAAGACGUGAAAAACUUCACCUUGAUCAUAGAAUAAAUUUAUAUUUUUUUAGAUUCGUGCGAAUGCAGUAUCUUGCCAAAUGUUUUAUAUAAAUUUUUAAUCUAGUUCUUCAAGUUCAGGGGCUUCAAACUAAGAAGUUGUAAGUAAUUAAACUAUUUCCUUCUGUGAAAAUUUAUCACUUCAUAUAUUCGCUGUUGCUCCUUACGUAUUCAAACGUAGUUGUUUUUCAUUUUGAGAUUACUGACAUCCCGAUUAAGGUAAAAUCGACAAUUUUUUUAAAUAAAGAUACAUUUAAAAAUGUAGUUGAGGUAACUUCAUGCUUACAAUUACUUUUUAAAAUCAAAAUAGGGUUUUUACAAGCUUUACUUCUGAGUAAAACUCACAAGAUAGCAAAAUGAUAGUUGUGUUUCUAGAAAUGCAAUCAAAGGAGAAAUUUAUUGUAACCCUAAAAAAAAAUCAUUUUAAUUUGUGAUGUCUUUAAUACAAAUAUUAAUACAAAUAAUUUUUUUGUUUAAAUGAAAAUUAUAUAUAUGAGGACAGAUAAAGGUGAAAGAGGUAAAUUUACUAUUUAAAAAAUUAUCUAUAUAUGUAUAUAUAUUUGUAAUCAAUACACAUAGGAAUUCCAGUAUUAAGCGAUUAUAAUGAAAGGAAGUGACAUAAUAGAAAACGUAAUAUUACUCUAUAUAUAUAUAUACAUAUAUAUAUAUCUUACUCUUCUCUAUUAGAAAGAAUUAAAAUUUACAGUGAAAGCAUCUAAAUUAGAAGAUUUGGAGAGCUAAGCUUGACGUGUUGGAUAUUUACUGGAAUUAUGUUGAGGAAAGGAAAGUUGAAAAAGGAUAACUCUUAUGUAAAAUUGAAAAAUAAAAGGCAUAUACAAAUUAAAAUAGUAUUUUGCUGAAUACGUCUAAAUUCAUUAUCAAUGAAGCCCCUAUAAAUUUCGUUAUUUUUGCCAAAAGGAGAAAGGAGGUAAAAAAUCAAAAUGGCUGACGGCACUUUAUAUAUUAAUUUUUAAAUGAUCCUUUUUCCCUCCUCCCCUCCGCGAGAAGUAUUUUUAAUUAUUAAUAACCACAUGUAUAGAAAGCAUGAACAUUACUAAUGAAAACCACAGUGCAUUCGUGGGGAAAUACGAAUACCUGCUUCAAAUAAAGUCACUCAGAAGGAUUAUUAUAUACACCGAGAUAGCAUUUAUUGGGUUGAAACAUGAGUAAUGGCCGUUUUUUUAAUUUAAAAAUGCUUAUUUUAACAGAACAAAAAACAAUAAAUUAGUCAAUAAUAUCCGAGUUUUUGGAAUUUCCAAUAUAGACCCAAGAUGCUGAACUAUAGUCAUUUGGCUACAACCUAUUCGUUCUGCUAAUUCUCGAGUGCAGAAGCUGAUUCAAACGCUCUUCGUCAAACUCAUUUGGUCGUCCUGAAUGAGCAGCGUCUUCGAGGUCGAAUUGGCAAAUCAAUUUCUUGCAGUUCGUUUAGGCAUUGCACCUUCUCCAUACACUUCACAAAUUUCUCGGGCAGAUUCUGCAGCAUUGGCGGCUCGAUUAACCACAAAAAGAAGAUGAUGACGAAAAUGCUUAUUUUUGUCAACUUGACACUCCAUUUUAAUGAUCUGAAAAAUAACAAAAAUUAGCUCAGACAAAAAAAUCAAAUACGCCAUCUUGUAGAAGGUAAGAUUGUCUUUCGAAUAAGCUAAAACAUUAUGCCAAUACAUUUUAUUUUUACUGCGGGAUUUUAAACACAACAUAAACGGCCAUUACUUAUGUUUCAACCGAAUAAGUAGUCUAAAUCGAGUUUACUAUUUUAAAUGCAAGUAGCGUUUACUAUAUACAAAUAAUUUCUUGAUUUGGAUCAUCUAAGCAAAGCAAUAUUUCUGUACAUCGUUCAAAUAUUUCUUCUCUCUUUAAAGAUGACGCAUAUGACUAAAUAAUAAUUUUAGAAAGGCUUUAAUUGCUCUUUAAAAAUAAUUAUUGUAAGAUCUUAAUUAAAUAAAAAUUUUAUUAUUAAUGAAAGAGCUUUGUGAUUGUUAAGUGAAUGAUAAAUAUAUGUUUAAAUUUUAUGAAAAAAAAUUCGAAUUCAACCAAAUAUGCUUUAAAACACAAUUAGCAUGCUUAAUAUCUAAAUUAUAUAAAUGCAAAAAAAAAUCUUUAGUAAUUUUUAAGCAUAUUAAGAGUUUUAAAUAUUAUUAAAAUAUCUUUCAACUGGAGAAAAUUGUCUCAUAAUUAGUAAAAGAAAUUUUUUAUGCCACUUCCAAUUCUUUCAAAAAUGUUCUUUUCUAUCCAUGUGGUUACUGGUAGAAAGAAGUAUUUCAGCUGAACGAAAUUUGGAAAUUCGAAAGAAAAUGGAAUCACAUCAGGUUCAAAGUACAGACUGGAAAUCCUAGAAAAUUCUUUUCUUGAAAUAGAUAGGAUCCCAAUCCAUGAAAAAUGCAGAAGUGGGCUAUGAACGGGAGCUUAUUAUAGUAGAACCAAUCUAUCCACUAUCGCUAAAGGGCAGGUCCACAACGGAUUACCAUGAAUAAUGCAGUGGCGAGGCGAAAUUCCUUUUUUCGAAUUUAGCUGAUGUGCUAGCCUUUGAAACUUGUACAGUGAUAGAAAAUUCCUUUUCUCCCAUCUGGAAGUUUUAUUAAUGUAAACUUAGAAAAAAAAGGGUCCAAGAAUUGCUUCAUACUGUGAGGUUAGAGCCUCAGCUUUGUUGCCACUCUACAAAACUAAGUCAAAUAAAAUCCUCGAAUCCUAGACUAAACCACUUACUGUAGUAUCUUCCGAUAAGAAAUGUUAGUCGCAUUUUUAAGUAAUUUUUAUUUUAAAAAUUCUUCUAUUUCAUUCAUAUGGUAUUUAGCAAUGGUAUAUUUUAUGUUUUGUAUAAGAUCUAUUUCUUCCAGAUUAAUUUCAAAUUGCAAUUUAAAUCAUGUACCAAAUUUAUAAUUGUAAAUUCAGAUACAGAGGAGGGAAAAUUUUACGAUAUGCCUACAGAAAUACCAAAAUUUACAUUUAUUGAAAGAUAAUGUUUAAAACUCGGAAACUUUCAUGUGGACUGCACAAAAAUUAUAAACAUAUUCUCAACAUUUCUAAGAAAGUUGUACGUUCUUUUUUCUGGUGAAAAUCAAAAUGUGUAUAAAAUAAUUUCCAAUACAUUAUUUUUUGCGUGUUUUACAUUUUGAGAAUUUUAAGUUUUUAGUUAAACUAUUUAUUUGCUACCGAAAAGAUGUGUUACUAUAUAUUAGGGAAAAAAGCAGUAACGAUAGCUUCAGUUUUAUUAUAUUAAAAAUUCUGUUUUCACAUAAUACUUUUCUUUACCAAUGAUGUUGCUUUCAAAUAUUAAAAUUAAACUUCUCAGAGGGCCAUAAUCUCACUUGAGCAGGUUCUUUUUACAGAAAACUGCUUAUAAAUUGUUAUUUUAAAUGCAAAACAAUUUUAAGGAAAAGCUUUAUUUUCAACAAGUACUGCUUUCAAGAGUAAAAUCGCAAUAAAUAUAAAAGCAUUUGCAGCUUUAAAUGUGUAGAUUGAUGUAGUCUCAAACGAGAGAAAGCUAUCCUAUUUUUGAGGCUCUUUGAGGAGUUUAAUUAUUGUAGAUGUUUUAUCAGUUCUUCUUUCCCAUUUUUUUGUCAUAGUUUUCAAUGUUGUGAACCAUAAUACUUUUUUAUACAAAUAUAUAUAUUGUUCAUAUGUCAUGGAUCAAGUUUACGUCACUGGAUUAAAGAAACUACCUAUUAUUACUAUUAAGAAAAUACUGUUAAAAGUAAUGAGAUGUUGUUAGAGAUAAAUAUUAAACAUUGUUUAAUUGUAAUCGUAAUCAUGUAGAUAGUCAGAUGGCGAUACGAUGGAUGCUUUUCGAAAUAGAGCAUUAAUUCUCUACUAGGCGACACUCAUUUCGCCUAUCCAAAGUAGUUAUCAAAUUCUACCAAAUUUUUCAAAUAAACUGAUUUGUAUUCCGUCUUCUUUACUAAGGCCAAAACGUUGGUCAAAGAUUUCUGCUGCACUUCUCGUAGCGGUAGGAGUGGAACGUAGAGCACGUUAACACUACAGAAGAAUGGUCUCAUGCGCACCAAUUUCAUACGUAAAAACCAAAAACGAGAGAGUUUAAAUCCUCAAUCCGAGUCGUAGAAGGCACGACAGAGUCACAGCACGCCGUCAUUUGAAUAACCUUCCUAUUUUUUACUUGUUUUGGAGUAGUGCUCUAUCGAUUUAGCAUCCAUCGAUAAACGCCAUCGUCUUCUGCGACAGAAUCAGUGCAGCUGCAAUCGCUUGCAGAAAGUGAGUAAUUUAUGGAAUUCAGCUAAGACAGUUUCCAACUGGAUGGCGAAUGUAGAUAAGGCAGUGCUUAAUCGCAAGCCGUAAACUAUAGGCAAUCCAUUUAAACACUAAGUCUUUUAUAUCCCACGGAUAAUAUUUAAGAAAGAAAGCGAGUUAUCCUGAAUUUAAAGUAUACUAAUAAAUCCGGAAACACUAGCUUUUAAAGCAAUUUUUCUUAUUCAAAAUUGUUUUCUAAUAAAAGAAGGAAGUCGAUGUAUGUAAAACCUUAUUUUGAUAACAAAUAUAUUAGAAAUCGAUAUUCAUUUAAAGAUAUAAAAUGAAACUAGGAAAUCGUCUGCUAAAUAUUUUUAAUUUUAUUGAAUAUUCCAUCCAAAUUUAUAAAAACUGAAAGAAUUGUUUAAUUCCUUUAAUGCUACGGUGUUAUAUAUUUAUUAUUAUAUUUUUGACUUUAUUCAUCUUUAUUCUAGUUAAGUUGCUUUUCACAAAAUUAAUUUGUUUAUAUUUUUAAAAAUAUUAUAAGUUAAUGGUUGAUUUAAUAUUUUCCCAAAAAAAAUGUGUAUUUAAACAACACUCUCUUUUUAACGCAAAAAGAGAGUCAUAAUGUCAUGAUUAUUUCAUAAAAUUUCUUAGAAAGAGUAAGUCUGAAGAAUUUUUCAAACAGUUAAUAACGAUAUGAUUUUCUGUCGUAGAAAUAUUCAUUUAGUUACAAUUUCUUUAAAAUAUAAAAGAGUUUUUAUUUAUGUUUUAUGUUUAGAAAAGAAUUGGUAAUUUCAAAUGGAAUAGCUUAAUUUACCGCAAUAAUUUAUGUCAAAAACUACCUUAAUUUCAUGCGAAAAGAAUUCAAAUAUAUUGGAGAGUAAAUCUGGAGCUUUUGAUCAACCGCCCACAAGACACAUCAAAUUACUAAAUCUUAAAAUCAGUCAUGAAUAAAAACAAUAACGCACAAUAGAGAAGGAUGCGCACAAAAAUUGUUCUAGAUAAUAUUUGUAUUAGAAAACUGAUCAUAUGUCCCCCCCCAAAAAAAAAACAAAGCGGUUAUAGGAAUCUGCAUACUUAAUCUAAAACAUGGGUUCAGAAACAUGUAAAUUUUAUCAGUUUAGCAUAGCUAUUAAAACAUAUUUCAACUCAACGCCUAAUUUUUUAUGGAAAAUUAGAUAUUUUUCCUUCAAAUCUAAAAUAUACCUCGUAAUUUCGUCUUUAAAUCAAAUUUGUAGUCAAAUAUAAUAAUUAAUGACAAAAUUGUACUAUGCAAUGGUAACGCACUGGUAAUGCAUUAAUGAUUUAUUUCUUAUUUCACAUUAAGUCUUUCAUAGUUUGUAUGUGAAUCUACUACUAUUGUAUAGGAGUACUCUUGUGUACUUAUUAAAUAGCGUAUUACUAUUUUAUAGUAUUUUUUAAUUGUUAUGUCACUUAAAACAACUGAGAUUACGAAAACAUAUUAAGUAUUAUGAUAUUAUGAAAUACUUAUUUAUAACUUAAAAGUUAAUUUCCAGCUAAACGUUUCGCUAUUUGUAAAUCUAUCAAUAACCUCUCAGCUAAUUUUUUUGAAACCAUAAAGUUCUUUCGGUCAGAGUAAAUGUCAUGAAGAUCUUAAAUUUCUUCAUUUAAUUCAUAAAGUAGUUCCUUUCGAAUCUAAAUUAGUUUGAAAAUUAUAUGAAUUGCUUUAAGGUAAAACAGUGGUCUCAAACUCAAAUUGCACAGAGCCGCGUGCACGGGAAGCAGAUUUUUUUUGGGACAAAAUUUCAAAUAAAUAUCUAAAUUUUAACUUAAUUUCAAAUUCCACUUACCUAAACAGACAUAAACAAAUAAUAAUAAUGCAAAGAAAAAUAUUCAAAUUUAUCGUGCUAAUUUUCUAUCUGUAACAAAUUUCUGUUGGUCGCAUUUCGUAAUUCAAAUGCACUAGCAAUUGAAUAUUAAAUUUUUUGGAUUAAUAUUUAUUUCAAAUAAUUCUAAUGGUUUGAAAUUACUACUAAAUAAUGUGCCUUUAGCAUAAAAUACAAAAUUUGUUAAAUCUUACCGAAUUUCCGCAGAAAACUUUCCCAGAACAAAACUUGAGAUUUCCUUUUUGUAUUAAAUAUUUUAUCGACACAUGCAAAAAAAAUAUAGACAAUAGUAUAUAAAUAAAUAUACAUUUCUCGGUUUUUCACUACAGCUUGAGACUUGAUGGCGUUUCAUGUCUGAUAACUUCUAUGGCCUUGGAGAAAAAUUAUUGGAAACUAUCUUUCAUUCCGGAUUGUAAAUGGUCAUCAUCAUUCGAACCCUUUUAUUAGAGUUGUUAAUUCUCAACCAACUAGUACCUGUUUAAAGAAAAGCAGAAGUACCAACUCAAUACGAAAAAAAAACGGACACGUUGGAAUAUAAAAGUUUUUCCAAUUUUCGUUCCGACAAGUAAAUUUAUUGGUUGUAUCGAAGUGACACCUAGUUUAGUCAUGUGGCCUGGCAUGCAAGUAUACAAGGUCUCUAAAUUUUUCAUUUAACUGACAUCGCAAUUCUAUACAUUUUAUUUCCUUUUUCGAUCACUAGCAAUCGCGCAUAUAAAUGCAAUUUAUAUAUGUCCAGUGUUGUUUAUAUUGAUGUUUUAAACUGUCAUUUCCUGAGAUGCGAUGAUUAAUGUCCAUUUUCUUUCAGCUUCUUUUGCGGGCCUGUCAGAGCAAACUUCGAACUCGGCUGAAAUGUAACGACUGCUUAAAUAUUUGCUAGUGCUUUUCUAGUUUCUUAAUAAACUAUGUAUUGCAGUCCACUGCCCGAUGAAUUUAUGUUAUGUCGAAAUCAAGGGUUUGGUUUAUUUAAUUAUGGCAAAACAUGCAAGGGUUAUCUGCCUAAGGGAAAGGACGCCUUCAUGGAGGACUUCCUAAGGGAAACUAGCUCGUAUACACAUCACACGUAGGGAAAACCACGGAAACGCUCAUGCAGUCUGUCCGUGCGCCUAGAAUCGAGCCCGGGUCGGAAAUACCAGUGUUCAGUAAUUUUUUCGCUCGGCUGCUAGUGGGAACGAAAUCAGUCAGCACGUAUUAAAACAAAUACCUAAUUGAAACGUAAUGGCGGACAGAAAAGAACAGCGUCAAGAGCCACACGCGGCCCCCCCUCCCACUUUGAGACCACUGGUUUAAAACACAUUUCACUUAGCAUGUAGAUUAUCUUUUUAAUACAUAGAUUACUCUCGUACCGUAUGGUCUUAAAGAAAAAAUAUAGUUGAAUUUACUUUUUUUAUAUCUGAUUCUGUGUAUAUUUGCUUUUCAAUUCUUUAAUUUUAUACUCUUUGCUAUGCUUUCUAUUUCUUAAAUUUAAAUUUAAUUUUCCUAAUAUUUAUAAAAUACGUUAUUUAUUUAUUUUUUAAAAAUAAAUCUUGUACUUCCCCGCCCUCUCUCCUUCUUUCGCUCAUUUUCCCAUUUGGAACAGGAUCUGAAUAAAAGUAAUACUUCCGCAGAUUAAUUCCCGCAUAUAAUAUAAUUCAUAUAAUUCCCGCUUCUAAAUAAAAGUAAUACUGCAGCUUCUUAUUGAAGUAUUUUCAAAAUUUAAAAAAAAAAUGCUGUAAAUCUCACCUAAAGGUCUAAUAUUGCUUAUUUUUAUUUAGCUAGUCAAUCUGCCUUCAAGUAACAAUGAUGAAUUAAAUAUAGUGUCAGUAGAACCCAUGUUUUAGGGUAUCAGCAGAAUGUUCAGAAUUAUCUGUUUCUCUCAAUCUCUAGAGAUGUGUUAAAGCCUAUAGAGAAUGAGAGGAACAGCUGAUUUUUAAAGAGAAUUCACUUUAAUUGUGCACAUAAUUAAAUUACCUUAGUGUACAUAAUAACACCUAUGGCUGCGCGUACACUAAUAAUGUUCUAUCAAACUUCCUUUGCUCAAAUAAUUAACUUCAACAAAAAUUUAGAAUUUUCAAAACAGAAGUAUCAGUUUAUUUACAGAAUCGACUCUAAAUUAAGAAAUCUUCUAAUUGUUGAAGAAUAAAAUGCGCAUUCCCAGAUUUUCCAGCUUUCCAUCUUAAAAAAUCGCUGAAAGUAUUUAGUGUAUAAAAGUUGGAAAUGAAGCAGUUCGCAUUUGCGUAGUAAAAGAGACGUAGUCUUUGCGUAAAAGCUCGAGAAAGCUCUUCUGUAUUUAGUUUAUUCAGUGUCUAGCUAUGUCUGUGUUUGAAAUAUGUCCAUUUUUGUCGAGUAUUGCAGCAGGAGUGAGACCUUAAAUUCUCAAAUAUUUUACUGCACCCCUAAAUUCGUGCUGUGACUUUGGAAUCAAAAAGUUCGACGAAAUCGGGCAAAAAAAUAUGGUUCGCGUGGUAAAUGCGAGAAGUGUCACAGAUCUUUGACCGACGAAACGUUCUCAAAAACUUUCCGUCCUCUCCUGCUGCUUCUUGAGCCUUAUAUCUAUAGAGAUCAAAAUAGACAACGCUGUAAUUUCUUUUGUCAUUGCUGAAUAAUUUAGUUCUGUUUUAGAAAUUGAGCGCCAGAUGGCACUAUAGAUUUUACUGUUAGAAAGUAUUAAAAGAGAGAACGCAUAUAAACGUAUUUUUUUAUAUGUAGUUUCUGGAAUUUUAGUGAGUAACUGAUACAAAUCGUGAUGUAUUAUGAUGUGCUAAUGCAUUCCUUUGCAGUUCUUUAACUACUUGAUAUUCUGAUUGUAUGUUUAAGUUCAGUAUCAAAAUGAAUAACUAACUCAUAAAUGUGUAGUACUUAUAUCUAUACGUUUAAAUAAAUUUUUCUGUACUUGUUUGUGUUUUCGUAUUUAAGUCGAUGAAUGUUUCUUAGUAAAUGAAAUGUAAAAUUAUGUACAAAAAGGGAAGAUCCUCACAAAACUGCUGAAAUACAGCGUUCAUGGUUCAAAUAUUUGACAAACUAAGAAGUUGAUGUUAUCCACUGAUGUUUUUCAGAAGAGGUGCUCGAUUGUAUGGAUUUCCUGUAACAUGUAUGAUAAAAGUUCUCAAACGAAUGAGAAAAGAAUUGACCUUAUGCUAAGUUAUUUUCUAUUUAUUCUGCACUGUUACGAACGUUGCGUAUUCCUAAUUAUAAAUAUGUUAAUUACCUUUGAUGUUUACAGAACAAUGAAAAAGUUAACUAUUA